UGAGCAGUGACACAACAUCCUGGAGCCUGAGCUGUGUUGAUGAUCCCUGAACGCAGCAGAAGCACGCACACUGUUUGAGAGCAGCGCGACGUUUUCCCCAAACACCAUUUUAAAGCUGUUAGAGAGUCUCGCAGCUUUCUUCCCCCUCUCUAGUCACUGAGCCACACCGCAGUCUGAAAAUGGCCACAGACGAGCUGUCGUCGAAGCUCAGCCGACGACUUCAGAUAGAAGAGGGAGCCGAGGACCCUGUGGCCCUGGACCCGCCCGGACACCAGAACGGCUCCGAGGAGAAGCCGAGCACCGCCAACGCAGAUUCGGAGCUGGGCGCCAAACUGUCCCGGAGAGGAGAGCUGAACGAGGGGCAGGGGGAGCACUGUCAGCCCAGCAUGAAGGUCUUCAACCCCUACACCGAGUUCAAGGAAUUCUCCCGAAAGCAGAUCAAGGACAUGGAGAAAAUGUUCAAAAUGUAUGAUUCUGGGAAAGACAACUACAUUGACCUCAUGGAGCUGAAGUUGAUGAUGGAGAAGCUUGGUGCUCCACAGACACACAUUGGCUUGAAGAAUAUGAUCAAGGAGGUGGACGAGGACCUGGACAACAAACUCAGCUUCAGAGAGUUCCUGCUGAUUUUCAGGAAGGCAGCAGCAGGAGAGCUGUCAGAGGACAGUGGCCUCUGUGUCCUUGCUCGCCUCUCUGAAAUCGAUGUCUCUACAGAGGGGGUCAAAGGAGCCAAGACCUUCUUUGAAGCUAAAGUCCAGGCCAUCAAUGAGUCCAGCCGGUUUGAGGCAGAGAUUCGCCAGGAGCAGGAGGAUAAGAAGAAGCAGGCUGAGGAGCAGAAACAAAGACGAGCAGCUUUCAAAGACCUACAGUCAGCCUUCAAUUGAUCACCCUUCUCUCAUCUCAGGACCUUUCACUCUGUGCUGCACAAAGUCAAUGAGUGUUUUUUAAUGCCCCAUGUAUGUUAGACAGUGGUAGUCCUGAGUCAGCUCAAAGUCUCAUACAUGUUUAUCAAUAGUCAAAUCCAAUGGACUAGGUACACAAUGAAAAAAUCACCACUGUCUAUGCUUAUGCAGAUAAUAUAUAGAAAAGCAAUGAUUCAUCUGUAUAUUUAACUCUCUAGCUCGGUCACGCCUUCUAAUAUUGAUAAAAGUUUAGUGCAGGAUUGUCAGUAGAGUAGUCUUUGCUGAUCUAAAUGAAUGGUUCUCACAGUAUCUUGUCAUUAGGCAUAGCGUCCGCAAUUUCAGAGAAUCUAUUUUUACCCAAAUAUCUACUGUGGCGCACUGUGCUGGCACUUUGGGGCUGCUGACCAAGAGGGCUUCGGCAAAACAAAACAAAUGAUUACUUUCCAGGGUAUUAAAAUCUGGUCUCAUAGAGUUGUAAACGGGUGUGCAGUGCGUUGGCAUCUAAUAAACCUUCAAACUGUUGCUCAAAUCAGCCUGUACUAGUUUGACAGUCUCCACUGUACCUGUUACGACAAGCACACACCAACACAGCUCCCACUACCUGCUGUGUUUGGACAGAUAGCUCUUAGAUUAAUCCUAAACUGUAGUUGAAAUGACUCUGUGUCUCAUUCCUAGUAUUUGCAUAGAGUGGUGAUGAAUGCACUUAAUACACUGUCUUGACUACAGUGUCAGCUUGCUUAAACUAUAUUUGAUUAACUUUACUCAUUAAAAAUUUCAUACUAAGUCCACAGUGACACUUUACAGUCUCAUAAUCAGCUUGCCACACAAUUGAAUUAGUGUCACAUGUUGAAGAAAUAGCUGAGCUCUGCAGUUUUAGUGUCAGCUCUGUAUUUUUGUACAAUGCGGAUGGUGGGUAUUGAUUCGAUUUUUGUUGUUGUGGUUUGAGGAUGGUAGUUGGUGAUGGACAUUCUUGAGCAUCAAGAUUUGCAUGAAACCUGCGAAGUACAGCCGGCUUAUAAUACGGUUCUUUUUCGUGGUUCCUUGUCUCUCCUAGUUUUGGUCAUUAUUCCUUUCAGCUGUGUCAUUUUAUUCACCAACUUCAUUGCUGACAUUAGGGGAUGUAUUGACUGCGCUGUAUUGCUUUAAUUUGGAGUUCACUUCAACCACAUGAGGUGGUCUACCGAGUUCAGUGCAUUCCUGAAAGCAGCUUGAGUAAAAUGUUUCCAUAACUGAAAGGAAUGAUCCAAACUUUGAAAAGAAGUCCCAGGCGUUUGAUUUUUUUGAAAACUGCUCCCACUCUACGUUCUCUCACCUAAUUAACCUGGAGGUUUAACAGACAAUAUCACAUGUGCCAUUAUAGCAGUUAGACUAGUGCCACUUACACUGUUUUACAUUCUCAUUGUAAAAUCAUAACUAAUGUGAAAUCCUCGACCGUCAGUUGAAACCAGCCUUUUCCUAAUCAGCCCCUUUUCUGUUGCCCUUACUAUGUGAAACCCUAGUGUAUUUUUUGUAAUCAGGUAAAUAAUUUUAUCAAACAAAGUUGCGCAUUUUGCACUUACUUGAUCAUUUGAUGUAAGUGUCUUUAUCAAGAAUUUUGGAUUAAACUUGAUGUAAAUGUUAAAUUUAAUCCAAGAUUAAAUGUCCCUGUCUUUAAAACAUGGUGUUAAUCCUGAAGAUCGUGUGGCGGAUAGGGCUCAUAGAUGCACAGACCGCAACCCCGAGCUAAUCAGUAAAAUAACUGGUACUCUAUAUAGUCAGAUAAUACGUUGCCAUUUAUUUGUAAGAUAAUCAGGGAAUAGUAUGGGAUGUUUUAACAUACUCUCAUCUUUAACAAAUAAAUGGUAUAAUUACACCUGUUGGCCACUAGUUGGUACACAUUUUCAAAAAAUCUAUUUUAAGUAUACAGACUAUGAGAACAAAUCAACAAAUGAACAGGUCACACAGAUCAGACUCAUGAUGUUUUUAGUAUUUUAAACAUAAACAGUGUUUUGUUUGUGGCUUUAACUGAAUUAGCUUCUUGUUAGUUACGUUAAUGGACCAGUGCACCCAUACUGUACAUGCAAGGGUCAUUUCCUGUCACUAGUUUUGUAUUUAUAGCAUAUAGUAUUGAUUUUUAGUGACGAAUUGUAAUGAACUGAUCAAAACGUUGUAUCCACCAGUGAGUCCAAGCGACUAAAUAUAAAGCUUCAGUGUGAUACACUUUCCAUAUUAUUACACAGUGGCACCUUAUGUAUCAGAAAUAUAUAUUCUUAUGAAUGCUGUAUCCAACCGUUAUGACCAAUCCCUUCAUGUAUUUCAAAUGAUUUAUAAAACAAAGGCACAGUGUAUUUAAUGGGUAGUUGAUACUUUUUACAUGAUCUUCAGGAUUAUCCCAUAAUAUAAUCUAAAUCUGAGAUCUCUAAUUUUUGUAUGAUGGCAUAGAGGGAUUUCAAAUCUUUUAUAGAAGAGAUUCGUUAUUUUUGCUUUUGAGCCACGUAAAUGUAUUGGGGACACAUGUUUGGUUAGUACUACAUCAAAUAAUAUGCAAGAGCCUUUAGUGUAGUUAUUGAUAGUCUGUUGAUGCAUGGCAGGAUUUCUCAGCACAUUGUGGCUGAAAUGUUCUUAAUACAUCAAAAGCAUAUCAGAUUUUUCUCCACUGUAUGAAAAAUACUUUGAAAACUCAAAUGUGGUGCUGUUUUGCUCAACAAAGUGGAGGACAGUCAAUGAGUAGUUGUAACUGUGGGUAUUGUCAGAUCUGUCAUAUGUAUCUCCUGGUUUUUAUUAUUUCUAUAGUAAGGCUCAUUGUUUUUGUUUUUUAUCUGUCCCCAAAGCUAUCUCCUGUUAUAACAAGACAUUGUUAGCUGUAAUAGAUGGGUUACUAUAUUGAUGUUUUUUGUUGUGAUAUUCCCAAAUUUUCAAAAGAGAUCAUCAUUUCCAUUUUGUUGUUUUUGGUGUUAAAAGAAAAGCAAUGUUUAAAUAUGCAAAUAUUUUAUUGAUUCAUUUCCUUAUUGAUAUUGUCCAGCCCACACUGUAUUAGUAGUGGUGGUUUCAGAGGGAACAAAAUCAUUAUUUUUUUUUUAUUUCAUUCCACUGAACAUUCCCUUAUUACUGAUAGAGAACAAUGAGUUGGAGUUGAGUACACACACUGUGUCAUCUACUGAAUUCUCCAAACCUUUCAUUCUGUUAUGUCCAGGAAAGUGCCAAAUGUUUAAACUACUGUAAUGGGUCUUUUCACACUACAGCAGCAAAAAUGUGAAUGGAAAUCAAAUUAAAUGACAAUGAUGAAAUAUUUUAUCUUUCUAUGUUUAGAAAGCUGUUGGCAGUAUUUAGUGGUGAUCCUGUUGGUACACAUCCCAUCCUACCAUUCAUGUCAUGGAUACAAUUUUCUGCUGCAGUUCUUGCAUGUUUCCACUUGGUCUGAGAGUUGCUAUAAAAGUUAAGGACUUCACUAUAAAUGUACACUCAUGUUGUUGCAGUGCCCUCCCAGCUCACUGCUGGAAAGUCGACUGUGAACUGUGCUGAAUAAGACAACUUCAAAAGUGAGCUGGCAGGUCUGAGUAGUCUCUGGGCUGUAUAACAUUAUCACGGAUACUUUUUUUUUAAACAUGUACAAUCGCUUUCCCUGCUAUGGUUUGAUUUAAUUUCCACUUUCCUUCCUUGUUUUUGUUAGUUUGUAAAGUUGUACUGUCUUGUUUACUAAUAACAAAAGAGAAUAUGUUCUAAUGCAGCUUAUGUUUUACUUUCAAUAAAAUGUCUAGUGUGUUU